CGGUAAUUCUUUUAAAAGGUUUGUAAUAUUUCGUUUUUAUUCAAAGGAACAAUCCACACUUUUUACGUUGUUCUAGUGAUAAAGUGACGAUAUCGAUACAGAUAUACAGUUUAAAUGUAGGCAACCAAAAAAAAUUGGGUUAAAGUAAGGCCUAAAACAUGACAAAGAAGUUCGAGUUUGAUUGGCAUAUACCUGUACCUGAGCCCCUUUUGACUGGAUGUGUGUUUGAUAGAUGGACCGAAGACAAAGAUAAUGUAGAACUGGAGCAACGAGCACUUUUUAAAGUCGACGAAUAUGGAUUCUUCAUUUACUGGAAAAGCGAAGGAAGGGAGGGAGAUGUCAUCGAAUUAUGCCAGGUCAGCGACAUUCGAGCCGGGGGUCUACCAAAAGAUCCAAAAAUUCUAAAUAGUCUGGUAAGCAGACAUGGACAAGACGUGGAGGAAAAAUCUCUUACGAUAUGCAGCGGAACGGACUACAUCAACAUAAACUACCAGCAUAUCGUUUGCCCGAACGCAGAAACUGCUAAGGCAUGGCAACAGGGCUUAAGAAGUAUCACUCAUAAUAAUAAAAUUGUGAAUGUCUGCCCAAGAACAGCUUUAAUGAAACAUUGGAUGAGACUAGGAUUCUCUGUGGACCACAGAGGCCAAAUACCGGUAAAAGUAAUUGCUAGGACUUUCGCGUCCGGCAAAACCGAGAAGUUGGUCUAUCAGAUUCUGUCCGAACUUGAACUUCCGUCUGGAAAAAAUGAUUCCAUCGAACCAGAGGCUUUCACUUUUGACAAAUUCUACUCGUUGUACCACAAGAUCUGUCCAAGGAACGAUAUUGAGGAGUUGUUCAGGAGCAUAACCACUGCUAAUGCCGACUACUUGACAUUGGACCAGUUCAUCAACUUUUUGAACGAGAAGCAAAGAGAUCCUCGACUUAACGAAAUAUUAUACCCUCUGUACGACGAAAAACGUGCUCAAGAGAUUAUAAAUACGUACGAGCAAGACGAAGUCUCAAGGACUGAGGGAAAACUUACCAAAGAUGGAUUAAUUAGGUAUUUAAUGUCUGAUGAAAACGCGCCAGUAUUUCUCGAUCGUCUCGACAUUUACAUGGAGAUGGACCUACCACUUUGCGCCUAUUACAUUAACUCUAGUCACAAUACUUACUUAUCUGGGCGACAAUUUGGUGGCAGAUCCUCCGUUGAAAUGUAUAGACAAGUAUUGUUAGCGGGUUGUCGAUGCGUCGAACUCGACUGUUGGGAUGGUAAAACUGAAGAUGAAGAACCCAUCAUCACCCAUGGUAGAGCCAUGUGCACGGAUAUUCUGUUUAAAGACGUAAUCUACGCCAUAAGAGACACAGCAUUCGUUACAUCGGAAUAUCCAGUCAUAUUGUCUUUUGAAAACCAUUGCUGCAAGUCCCAACAGUAUAAAUUGGCCAAGUACUGUGAUGAUAUUUUAGGUGAUUUGUUGCUGAAAGAAUCUCUUGAGGAUUUCCCUUUGGAGCCAGGUAGUCCUCUUCCUCCGCCAAGUGCACUGAAGAGAAAAAUUUUGAUUAAAAAUAAGAGGUUGAAGCCAGAAGUAGAGAAAAAUGAGUUGGACCUGUUUAUGAAAGGUCAAUUUGUGAUUGAAGAUGAAGAAAGGGAAGAUGCAAAUGCGAGCGCGGAAAGGCCUAUUCCACCAGAUGCGUCCAUCGAGAAUCCUCCGGAAGCAGCCGAGGGAGAGAUCGCAGCUCCAAUAAAUUACACUGGUUCCACCACCAACGUCCAUCCUUGGUUAAGUUCAAUGGUCAAUUAUGCCCAACCGGUCAAAUUUCAAGGAUUUGAUGUUGCAGAACAGAAGAACAUCCAUCACAAUAUGUCCAGUUUUUCUGAACCUGCUGGUUUGAAUUAUCUGAAAACGCAAGCUAUCGAAUUCGUCAAUUACAACAAGAGACAGAUGUCCCGUAUAUAUCCAAGCGGUGCUAGGGCCAAUUCUUCAAACUAUAUGCCACAAGUAUUUUGGAAUGCUGGGUGCCAAAUGGUAUCUCUCAAUUUUCAAACUUCCGAUCUGCCGAUGCAGUUGAACCAAGGAAAAUUCGAAUAUAACGGAAAUUGCGGAUACCUCCUCAAACCAGAUUUCAUGAGACGCCACGACAGAACAUUCGAUCCGUUUGCAGAAUGUCCCGUGGACGGUGUCAUCGCUGCUCAGUGUUCAGUCCAAGUUAUUGCUGGUCAAUUCUUGUCUGAUAAAAAGGUUGGCACAUACGUUGAAGUGGAUAUGUACGGGUUGCCGACAGAUACCAUCAGGAGAGAGUUUCGCACACGAAUGGUACCUGCUAACGGUCUCAAUCCAGUCUACAAUGAGGAACCGUUCUUAUUCAGGAAAGUCGUGUUGCCCGAUUUGGCUGUGUUAAGAUUUGGGGUCUACGAUGAAAAUGGAAAACUUUUGGGACAGAGAAUCCUUCCAUUGGACGGUCUGCAGGCCGGCUACCGUCACAUUUCUCUGAGAACAGAAGCCAACUUCCCCAUGUCUCUUCCUAUGCUGUUCUGUAACAUUGAGUUGAAAAUUUACGUACCGGAUGGUUUCGAAGAUUUCAUGGCAGCUUUAAGUGAUCCAAGAGGUUUUAUGGGAGCCCAGCAAAAGCAAAACGAACAGAUGUCCUCCUUGGGCAUAGAGGUCACUUCUGAUAAACCUGCUGAGAAGAAAGAAAAGAAAGAGGAAGUAAAGUUGGUAUUCGAACCAAUUACCAUCGAGUCCAUCAAACAAGACAAAGCCUUCCAAAAAACUACAAAGAAGCAACAGAAGGAGUACGAUACUCUGAAGAAAAAACAAGCCAAAGAGAAACAGUCUGUGCAAAAGGCACAGUGUACUGCCAUCGAUAAACUAAUUAAAGGAAAAAACAAAAACGAUUUAGUGAAUGACCCCACAGUUCGUAAAUUAGUGACAGAGCAAACUUUGGAAUGGAGCGCCCUAAUGGAACGUCAUCGAAAACAAGAAUGGGAAUUUUUGAGGACGCAGUUAAAUGAUCAGAGAGACUUGCUGAGAAAGCAUAUGGAACUUUUGCAGGGGAUGCAAAUGAAACAGUUGGAGGGCAAACACGAAAGAGAAUUAAAAGAACUGAGCAGUACGCAGGCGAAGAUAUCGGUCGAGACUGCAAAGGAGGUUGCCAACGACAAGAAUCUGAAGACGAAGAAAGAUAAGGAAAGAAGAUUGAAGGAAAAGCAACAGAAUAACAAUAAACGUUUCUUAGAAGAAAGAAAAACGGCUCAAAUGAAACAGAACAGAGAAAAGGAAAAGCUGCAAAUGACCCAUGCCAAACAGUUGGAGAUGUUGUCGCACGAUAUUCAGAAGAUGAUCGACAUGUAUAAAAACGAGGAGGCAGAAUAUGAUAUGUCUAGCAAAACAGAAUUUUUCGCUUAAAAAUUUUAGAGUUCUUAUUGUUCGUUACUUGUAGCUUAUGAAUAUUUAAUUAAAUUGUAUAGAUUUCGAGGUCAAGUAAAUUAUAUGAAUUAUUUAACGUUGA